AAACAGAUAUCCUUCUUCACUCCACAGUUGCCACUCCCUGAUUAACAUUGGCUUUCAAAAUUAUUCGUCCAAUUACCAUAUUUAUGUGCGAUAAUCGGCAUUGUUACGUGAUCAAGCAUUCACAUAUAUGAAGAAUCGUUCCAGAGAUUAAAUUUGGAUCUAACACUUCGAUCGCUCUUUGAUCUUCAAACGCUUCAGGUCAUGGCUGUUUUGGGCGCUAAGCUUGUCAUUCCCUCUGAUAAUGGUUACAAGGUGUGGGAAGACCCAAAUUUCAUCAAGUGGAAGAAGAGGGAUUCUCAUGUUCCUCUACGCUGCCAGGAUUCUGUUGAAGGAUGUUUAAAGUACUGGCAUGAUCGUAGUAAGGUAGAUUUUCUGGUGUCUAACUCGGCUGUUUGGAAUGAUGAUGCUGUUCAAAGUGCUCUUGAUAGUGCUGCUUUCUGGGUCAAGGGCUUACCUUUCAUUAAGUCUCUAUCUGGUUAUUGGAAAUUUUACUUGGCCGCUAGUCCAACCAGCGUUCCAGAGGAUUUUCAUGGAAGUGCAUUUGAGGAUUCUGAAUGGACAACUUUGCCAGUUCCUUCAAACUGGCAGAUGCAUGGAUUUGAUCGGCCCAUUUAUACCAACAUUGUGUAUCCCUUCCCUCUCGAUCCUCCGCAUGUUCCCGAGGACAAUCCUACAGGCUGCUACCGAACUUAUUUCCAUCUUCCAGAAGAAUGGAAAGGUCGUAGAAUUUUGUUGCACUUUGAAGCUGUUGAUUCUGCAUUUUUUGUGUGGAUAAAUGGGAGUCUCGUAGGGUACAGUCAGGACAGCAGACUACCAGCAGAGUUUGAAAUAACAGAAUAUUGCCAUCCAUGUGGCUCAAAGUCCAAGAAUGUUCUUGCCGUUCAAGUGUUAAGAUGGAGCGAUGGUUCUUACCUUGAGGACCAAGACCAGUGGUGGCUCUCAGGGAUUCAUCGUGACGUCCUUCUUUUAUCCAAACCUCAGGUAUUCAUAGGGGACUACUUUUUCAAGUCUCAUGUUGGGGAGGAUUUUUCUUGGGCUGAUAUACAGGUUGAAGUGAAAAUUGACAACUCUCUUGAAACGAAGAAGGAAAAUUUUCUUUACGAUUAUAAGCUAGAAGCAGUAUUGUUUGACGUUGGAACCUUGGACAAUCAUGAAGACAUUGCUGAUCUUCUCUCAUCAAACGUGGCCAGUGUUAAGCUUUCUCUGCUCUCUGCCACAACCCUGGGGUUCCAUGGUUAUGUACUUGGGGGAAGAAUGGAAAAGCCUAAGCUUUGGUCUGCAGAGCAGCCACAUCUCUACACUCUUAUUGUUCUUCUGAAAGACUCAUCAGAUAAGAUUAUCGACUGUGAAUCAUGCCUAGUUGGAAUAAGAAGUAUAACGAAAGCUCCAAAACAGCUACUCGUCAAUGGGUGUCCAGUGGUGAUCAGAGGUGUGAACAGGCAUGAACAUCAUCCACGGCUCGGGAAGACGAAUAUAGAGUCCUGCAUGGUUAAGGAUUUGGUCCUAAUGAAGCAAAACAACAUUAAUGCGGUGAGAAACAGCCAUUAUCCACAACACCCUCGAUGGUAUGAGCUGUGCGAUUUGUUUGGCAUGUACAUGGUAGACGAGGCCAACAUAGAAACACAUGGUUUUGAUCUUUCCGGACAUGUGAAGCAUCCAACUUUGCAACCAAGUUGGGCUGCUGCAAUGUUGGAUCGUGUAAUAGGAAUGGUGGAAAGAGACAAGAAUCAUGCCUGUAUUAUAGUUUGGUCCUUGGGAAAUGAGUCUGGAUAUGGACCCAACCACUCUGCUCUUGCUGGCUGGAUUCGCGGAAAAGAUCCUUCUCGAGUGUUGCACUAUGAAGGAGGAGGGUCUAGAACCUCUUCUACUGAUAUAAUUUGUCCCAUGUACAUGCGUGUGUGGGACAUUGUGAAGAUUGCUAAUGAUCCCGAUGAAACUCGUCCUUUGAUCCUCUGCGAGUACUCACAUUCGAUGGGAAACAGCACCGGGAAUCUUCAUAAAUAUUGGGAAGCAAUUGACAACACCUUUGGACUCCAAGGAGGGUUUAUCUGGGAUUGGGUUGAUCAGGCACUAUUGAAGGAGGUUGGCAAUGGCAGGAAGCGAUGGGCUUAUGGAGGUGAAUUUGGAGAUAUUCCAAAUGAUUCGGUUUUUUGUAUGAACGGUGUGACAUGGCCAGAUCGAACUCCACAUCCUGCACUAAAUGAGAUCAAGAAUCUCUAUCAGGAAAUCAAGUUUUCAUUCAAGGAUGGAACACUUAAGGUUUUGAAUGCUCAUUUCUUUACAACAACAGAGGAUUUGGAGUUCAGUUGGAGCAUUUAUGGUGAUGGUCUUGAACUUGGAAAUGGAAUUCUCUCUCUUCCUGUUUUAGGUCCUCAGGGAACUCAUAAUAUUGAAUGGCAAUCAAGUCCAUGGUAUGAUCUAUGGGCUUCAUCACCUGCAUUAGAGUUCUUUCUAACCGUAUCUGUGAAACGUCUGCACUCAACGCGAUGGGUCGACGCUGGUCACACCAUUUCAUCAUCACAAGUCCAGUUGCCGAUGAAGCGAGAAUAUUUUCCUCAUUCCAUCAAGAAUGAAAAUUCUACUUUACUCAGUGAAAUUCUUGGGGAUACGGUUCGAGUCUACCAGCAGGACUUAUGGGAGAUUAAAUUAGAUGUUCAAACUGGAACACUUGAAAGCUGGAAGGUUAAAGGAGUUCCUCUGAUAAUUAAGGGCAUCAUGCCUUCCUUCUGGAGGGCGCCUACUGAUAAUGACAAAGGUGGAGGUUCAUGUAGUUAUUUUUCCUUGUGGAAAGCUGCCCAUAUUGACAGCCUCUCUUUCAGUGCCGAAAGAUGUUCCAUACUUAGUACAACAGAACAUUAUGUGAAAGUUGCUAUCGUUUUUCUCGGUGUCGGGAGUGAUGAUCAGCAGACUUCUUCCUCCGACUCGGAGAAAUCAAAUAUCUUAAUUCAAGUGGAUAUGACAUAUACGAUUUUCGGUUCUGGAGAUGUGAUCGUGGACUGCAAAGUACAACCAAGUCCAAAUCUUCCUCCUUUGCCACGCGUGGGAGUCAAGUUUAAUCUGGAUAAAUCUAUGGACCGGGUCAGAUGGUAUGGAAGAGGGCCAUUCGAGUGUUAUCCUGAUCGAAAAGCAGCUGCUCAUGUCGGAGUUUAUGAGAAGAAUGUGUCUGAAAUGCAUGUUCCAUACAUUGUCCCUGGAGAAUCUUCAGGCAGGACUGAUGUCAGGUGGGUAACUCUUGAAAACAAGGAUGGUAUCGGAAUCUAUGCCUCGAUAUACGGAAGCUCGCCGCCUAUGCAAAUGAGUGCAAGCUACUACUCCUCUGCCGAGCUUGACCGUGCAGAACACAACGAGGAGCUUGUUGAGGGAGAUGACAUUGAGGUUCAUCUUGACCACAAGCACAUGGGUGUGGGAGGAGAUGAUAGCUGGUCUCCCUGUGUACACGACGAGUAUUUACUUCCUCCAGUGCCGUACUCAUUCUCGAUCAGGUUCUGUCCAGUAACUCCGUCUACUUCUGCCUAUGAUGCUUACAGAUCCCAACUUCCAGUGUAGUGAAUUUGGCAUCAACAUUCAACCAAGUAAAGAACUUGUUCCUGGUUGUCUGUGGCUCAAAUUAAAUAAACAUUACGAAUAAUGGCAGUGUUGCUAUGGAUUUCAUGAUCUUGUUGAGAUAAUGGAUAUCCCUCUGUUGUUUCCAUCU